GCCGGCGGCCCUGAGGGAGCCGGAGCCGGAGCCGGAGCCGGAGCAGUCGGCGGCGAUGUCGGUGCAGGUGGCGGUGGCCGCGCCCGCCGUGGAGCUGAAGGAGCUCGGCGGCCCCAUGGACAAGGCGGCGGGGCCGCCGUGCGAGCCUGCGGGCGCUCACGCGGCGGGGCACGCCGUGGCGGCGGCGCCCGCCUGCCCCGUGCCGGGCGCCGAGCGUGAGGCGGCCCCGGCCCCCUCCGCCGAGCGGCCUCCGGGGGGCGGCUGCCCCGCGCUCUCCUCGGCCGCCGGCGUGUCCUCGGCCGCCGGCAAGGUGCCGCAGGCUUCGGCCAUGAAGAGGAGCGACCCGCACCACCCCCAGCACCGGCACCGCGACGGCGGCGAGAGCGGCGGCGCCGCGGCCGAGGCGCUGGUGAGCCCCGACGGCACCGUCACCGAGGCGCCGCGCACCGUCAAGAAGAUCCAGUUUGCUGACCAAAAGCAGGAGUUCAACAAGCGCCCGACCAAGAUCGGCCGCCGGUCGCUGUCGCGCUCCAUCUCGCAGUCCUCGACAGACAGCUACAGCUCAGCUGCCUCCUACACGGACAGCUCCGACGACGAGACCUCCCCAAGGGACAAGCAGCAGAAGAACUCCAAGGGCAGCAGCGAUUUCUGCGUGAAGAACAUCAAGCAGGCCGAGUUCGGGCGCCGCGAGAUCGAGAUCGCCGAGCAGGAGAUGCCGGCGCUGAUGGCUCUGAGGAAGAGAGCUCAGGGGGAGAAGCCCCUGGCCGGGGCCAAGAUCGUGGGCUGCACUCACAUCACGGCACAGACGGCGGUGCUGAUGGAGACGCUGGGAGCGCUGGGAGCUCAGUGCCGCUGGGCCGCCUGCAACAUCUACUCCACCCUCAACGAGGUGGCCGCUGCCCUGGCCGAGAGCGGGUUCCCUGUGUUUGCCUGGAAGGGCGAAUCCGAGGACGAUUUCUGGUGGUGCAUCGACCGCUGCGUCAACGUCGAGGGCUGGCAGCCCAACAUGAUCCUGGAUGAUGGGGGGGAUCUCACCCACUGGAUCUACAAGAAAUACCCCAACAUGUUCAAGAAGAUCAAGGGCAUUGUGGAGGAGAGCGUCACCGGGGUCCACAGGCUGUACCAGCUCUCCAAGGCGGGGAAGCUCUGCGUGCCAGCCAUGAACGUCAACGACUCGGUCACCAAGCAGAAGUUCGACAACCUCUACUGCUGCCGGGAGUCCAUCCUGGACGGCCUGAAGAGGACCACAGACAUGAUGUUUGGAGGGAAGCAGGUGGUGGUUUGUGGCUAUGGGGAGGUGGGGAAGGGCUGCUGUGCUGCCCUGAAGGCCAUGGGCUCCAUCGUCUACGUCACCGAGAUCGACCCCAUCUGCGCCCUGCAGGCCUGCAUGGACGGGUUCCGGCUGGUGAAGCUCAAUGAAGUCAUCAGACAGGUCGACAUCGUCAUCACCUGCACAGGGAACAAGAACGUGGUGACCAGGGAACAUCUGGACAGGAUGAAGAACAGCUGCAUUGUCUGCAACAUGGGGCACUCCAACACCGAGAUCGACGUGGCCAGCCUGCGCACGCCCGAGCUCACCUGGGAGCGGGUGAGGUCCCAGGUGGAUCACGUCAUCUGGCCCGACGGGAAGAGGAUCGUGCUGCUGGCAGAGGGCCGCCUGCUGAACCUGAGCUGCUCCACCGUGCCCACCUUCGUCCUGUCCAUCACGGCCACCACCCAGGCCCUGGCUCUGAUAGAGCUCUACAACGCUCCCGAGGGCCGCUACAAGCAGGACGUGUACUUGCUGCCUAAAAAAAUGGACGAGUACGUGGCCAGCCUGCACCUGCCCACCUUCGACGCGCACCUGACGGAGCUGACGGACGAGCAGGCCAAGUACCUGGGGCUCAACAAGAACGGACCUUUCAAACCCAACUACUACAGAUACUGAGUUCCUGCCGCCGCAUCCCGGAGAAUCGCCAGGAACUGCAACAAGCACCCGAGUCUUUCUCAACUACUGUACAGGAUGAAACCGCGCAAGCUUUCCACGCUAGAGCCGGGCUUGCUGCCAUAGUCGACAGUGUGUUUUACGUUAUUUAUUUAUUAAAUUAGGAUACUGUUCAUGUGGCCUCUGCCACUGGUGUUCGUCCUGCCGCGGGACUGGGAGACGCUGGAUUUUCUUUCCGUUCCUUUCGUUUUUCUCUUUGGGUUCGUUCUUUUUCGGGGCUGGGAGGACGGGGAAGGCGAGGAGGAAGCUGCUGGAAUCGAGCCGUGGAAUAGUCCCUUAUCCCCUGCUCACCCCCGCGCACGGCGGGACCCGGCCUGGGAGUCGCUUUUGGUUUCCUCCACACCCCAGCGCUUCUCCGGCGGCGCCGGAUCCCGGCAGCCGGGGAAUCUCGGGCGGUUUGACAACAGAGCCAAAAUCCUCGUGGGCUCCAGGCGCUGCCGCCCAGCCGGAGCUGCCUCGGGAAUGGAGAAGCCUCUCCGUGUGCCCUGGAAGUGCCCGGGGCCGUGCCCAGCGGGGGAACCUCGCCUUAGCACUGCCCGGAGCCGUGCCCGAGGGUCAGCGCCGGCCCGGGGAGAGCCCCGAGCGCGCGGAGGAGCCGGCGCCGCUCCCCCGGCCGCAGCCCCGCGGCGUUUUCCUGCUGCUGUCGUUCCGAGUGCCAACCUCUCUGGAUCAACCAAAGUCGUGUUCCCGGCGGGGCCCGCGCUGCUGGAAGGGCCUCGCCCACCGAUGCUGCUCACGCGCCCGGCGGCUCUUGCCACGCCAAGCAGAGCUCGCCGGCCGCCCGGCUGGGAGGACCCAGGUCCUUUUCCAGCUGAAUUUCAGUCCUCAUUGGAAACGUUCGGAGUUUUAUUUUCUGGUCAUAUUUGUAUGAAUCUGGAAUUCCCCUUUGGAAUGUAUGAGACGUCCGCCGGAGUGACCCUCCACGGAUUCUGUGCGAGGGGAGAGUUCAGCAUCACUAAAACCCUUUGGUCGCCUCGACGUGUCAGAGCUGAUGGAGAAUAAAUUUGCCAGAGUUCCCUGUUUUAUCCCAGGAUGUCCCACCUGAGCACAGGACAGCGUGACCCUUAGCAAGGUGACUUCCCAAGUGCCGGUGUCUGAGCGGAGCCACUUCUGUCCCUCACGUGGAGAAUGUGAUCCUGCUGAAAUAAAACUGCCCAGCCCCGUGAGCACAGAAGCCUCUGUCCUCCCUGUUGGUUCCCGAGUCUCUCAUCGGCUGCAGAUCCGUGUUUUGUCCUCCUGGGCUUCUUUGCCAUCAUGGAGAACUUUUUUGUGGCAGCUCGUUCACGCACAAGGAAGGGAAAACGGAGGAAUUACGGCCUCAAGUCCUUCCCACGGCUCUCAGGAGAUUUGGAGUCAGGUUGGCCACAAGUCGCUCAUCUCCAGAGCAAACGUUCCCAUGUGCUGGCUUAUUCCAAGUUUCUCUUUGAAAUCUCUCAAAAUCAGGAAGGAAAACCUUGAGAAGAGCUUGAGGAAACCUGGAAGAGGCCUUGGGAAGGCGUCAGGGCUUUGCGAAGGCCUUGAGGAGACCUUCAGGCUUUGAGAAGCUUCCAGACUGGCCGCUAACCACAGACUUGAAACGAUCUCUGCUCGUUCAUUUUACCCGGAUCCUGAGAUUUUUUGGGAAGAAUCCCCUGAGCUAUUUGAAACAUCACACCCAGGUCUUUCUCCCCAGGCUGGAUCCUGGUCUGCGUCAGCCCCUGCUGUUUUCUGGGAACGUGGGAGCUGCUCCUGGCCCAGGUGAGACGUGGCCGUGGGGUCACUGGGGCAGAGCAGCUUUGGGAAGGACGGGAAUCCCAUCCCAACCCAAGCACAGCCACUUCCCCCUGGAAAAGCCCCUUUCAUCCCGACCCCUCUCAUCCCCAGAGCCGCCUCCCGCCCUGUGCCUGCUCUGCACAGCCCCGGAUCCCCUCGUGCCCCAUUCUAACCCCUUUUAUCUUCCAGGUAGGUAGGAAGGGACAAAAAAAAAUAUAUAUAUAUAUAUUAAUACUAAAAUCCCAACUGGCUUUUCCCACCUCGAUUUUUAAAGCUCUUCUCCAUGUUCUGCUUCUCCUGUAAAAGCUUUUUGGCUUGCUUGGCUUUUUUCCUAAUCAACCUGGAAUCAUAUCCUAUGAUCAUCUCUAAAUUAAACGUGUAAUGGGGUUUGGUUUCUUUCUUUUUUUUUUUUUUUUUUUUAAUGUAACACAUUUUUCAAGACUUAGGAAAAAGGAGAUUUUAGGUAACACCAGCAAAAUCGCAUAAAGGAAAUUAAUUCUGUUCUGAACUUUAGAGAUAAUAAGACAAAACUCGUCAUCAGCAGUGAGGAAACGAAAACGUCACAACCGUAACAUUUCAGAAGGAUGUUUUAAAUAUUAAUGUCUGAGUGAUUGUAUUAGAUCAGCAAUAAAGACUCUGUAAUCUCAAAACUCAAAUAAAACAUUGGAAAACUCA